UCAUACCGUUAACAGUAAUAUGUCGUAGGCGAACAGUACCAGCUACUAUUGUUAUAGUCGAAUCGCGUUCGGUUCGGUCACGAACGAUUGCAGCGAAAGUUUGAAAGUGACCGUACGAAAGUGUCUUCCGCGUAUAAUUUCUCGGUAAUUCUUAAUCGUGCGCGUGAAUCGUCGAGAUUUACCGUGAACAUUUCGAAUGCGUUCGCUCACGAUGCAAUGAUUGCCACGUUAAUUACGCGAUGCCUUAGAAUCAAUUGACCCCCUGGAACAGUGCUGUUUUUUUUUUCCAUUCCGUUUCUAGACGUCAAAAUUUCAUUGUUCCAUGUAAUAUCCUUAGUGGGGGUGACCGAAGUUCCACAAGGCCUAAUUUCGUUAGUGACAAUGUUGAAUGCACAGCAUUACAGCGAUUACAGAUGAUCUCUGAUGUAGGUUAGUGCAAUCAGGAAGCACUUUCAAAUAGGACAUCUAAAUGUCAAAAGGUGCCCUAGCGUAGCGUUUCAUGCUUUGGCAUUUUUAAAAAUGGCCACGUAUCAAGUUGACUACCAGUGGGCUUAUACCAUAAUGGAUUCAUCUAGGAUAUCCACUUUCCUAAUAUCGAUUUUAUUGAUAGUCUAUGGCAGUUUCCGAUCUCUAAAUAUGGAACAGGAAGCUAGAGAAAGGGAAAGGGAAAGGGAACGUAGUAAUUUAUUGACUGGAAUAUUGAGUAACUGUAGCACAGCGAAUGCAGAUGGUGCUAAUGGAAGAGUUCAAACCCUAAAUACAAUGCACGCUCUUUGUCUACCUCUUGGUGCUUCCAUUUCUCUGCUCAUCAUGUUUUUCUUUUUUGACAGCAUGCAAAUGCUUGUGGCGAUCUGUACAGCUAUUGUAGCUACAGUUGCAUUGGCAUUUCUUCUACUGCCCAUGUGUCAGUACAUCAUUAGACCAUGCUCGGAUGGUAAUAAGAUAUCCUUUGGAGUUUGUGGAAGGUUUACAGGUGCAGAGUUGCUUUCAUUUUCACUGAGUGUGAGUAUAGUAUGCAUCUGGGUGUUAACCGGGCAUUGGCUACUCAUGGAUGCAAUGGGCAUGGGACUUUGUGUAGCAUUUAUUGCAUUCAUUCGAUUACCUAGUCUAAAGGUAUCCACAAUACUGUUAACCGGGUUAUUGAUUUACGAUGUCUUCUGGGUUUUCUUUUCGUCCUAUAUAUUCAGCACAAACGUAAUGGUUAAGGUAGCAACUAGACCAGCAGAUAAUCCAGUAAAUCUUGUGGCUAGGAGGUUGCACUUAGGCGGUGUAGCGAGAGAAGCGCCGAAACUUCCUUUACCUGGAAAGUUAGUUUUUCCUUCUAUGCGUCAAGCAGGACAUUUUUCGAUGCUAGGCCUCGGUGACGUCGUGAUGCCUGGCCUCUUGCUUUGUUUUGUAUUACGAUACGACGCAUACAAAAAAACGCAAUUGUUACCUGGUGGUUGUGAAACAGGAGUUCCGCCGCCGCGUCACAUCAAUCGUAUUAGUUACUUUCAUUGUUCCCUGAUCGGUUAUUUUCUUGGUUUACUUACUGCUACUGUAAGCUCUGAGGUGUUCAAAGCUGCGCAGCCUGCCUUAUUGUACCUUGUGCCCUUCACCUUACUGCCACUACUUACAAUGGCGUACUUGAAGGGAGAUUUACGUCGGAUGUGGAGUGAACCAUUCAUAUCUCAACAACCUCCUUCACACAUGGAAGUUUGACAAGAGUCAUGAGUUUCUGUACAUUACACAUUAUGGGAGGAAAACUUUGUAUGAAUCCUGUUGUCACUUAUCAUCAUGCCCUUAUUUUUAUCAAUGUCAUUUACUGUAAGUAAUUUUUUUCUAUACUCGAUACACAUCUUUUAAUGCCACAAUGCAAGUUACAAUUAUGCAUUUGGAAAACGGUGCAAGUGAUUUGCAGUGUAACUAAAGGUGUAACAUAUUAUGAAAUUGAUUUAAUGUAAUAUUAGGGGAUGCAACAUUAGCAGUGUAAAAGUCUCUUUUUCUAAAUUGGAAGACGAGAGUUUUCUAAAAUCGUAUUUAGAAUAUUAAUCGCUGCAAAUACAUUGUUGGUAUUCUUUUUUGUGACUUGAAUUUAAUGUUGAGUAAACAAAUGGACUAUAUAUAGUAGGUAAAGUAAAUGAUAUCGAUUAUUGUCUUACAAAUUUUGUAACUAUACUAAAACGUGUUGUGAGUUACACUUAAAAACAAAAAUGCGUUUUUUUUUUUUUAGUUUUAUGACGAGAUUACCGUACAAAUUUUCAAUGAUUUAAAAUACAUGUCUCUUUUUUUUUUUUUUUCUACGUUAAACUAAUAAUGUGUUUACGUAUUAAUAAUUUCGCUCUAACUCCGUUAUAAAUGUGUGUGAUACUCAGUGCAGAAAGUUUCUUUUUAAUUUAUUGUUCAGUGGAUACCAGAAUAAUUGUAUGUAACAUGUAGUUAUGAAUAGAGUAAUUUGAUAAUUAUUCGAGGAUUUCCACGAAGAUCUAGUGAAUGUAUGUGUGUAGGUUGUGACUUUCUUUUAUUUGGGGCUAGUAUCGAACAAAGCAUCAUUUAUGCAAACUUGUAUAUAAAUUUUCGUUUUUAUAAAUUUAAGGGUUAACAUUUACAGUUUGUUAUUAGGAUUAACAGCAAGCACUUCAACUUGCCAAACAUCUUGCUAACUUCGUAAAGCACGACCGAAAAUUGAAAACAGUCUUAGGAAAGAUAAAAGUGGAAGUUGUAAAUCUUUCUUAUUAAAAAUGAAUUGCAUAUUUACGUCUUGAUUUUCAAGAACUAUCUCGUGAUAAGAAAGAGUUUAUUAUUGCGAAAUAGAGUUUUUUAACUAAGCUCUUGCUAUGGAUAGGCACCAGAAAGACUUUAUAUGUUUAUUUAAAAACAAGACUGAAAAUAAUAUUGUACGAAAGCCAAUUUAUUAUGAGGUCACAUAAAAACAA